AUGGCUACUUCGAGCAGUGGAGGAGAUCUGAGGGCUCCUAUCUUUAACAGGUCUAACUACGAUUUUUGGUCCAUCAAGAUGAAGACCAUAUUCAAAUCAUAUGAUCUCUGGAAUUUGGUGGACAAGGGUAUUGAAAUCACAGAACCUGGAGAUGAGUCUAGUGAUGAAGAUCAAAAGUCGGUGAAGAGCUCAAUGAAGAUUAAUGAAACCAAAGAUGCAAAAGCUCUUGGUAUCAUUCAAGGGGCAGUGUCUGACGAGAUCUUUCCUCGAAUCUCAAACUUUGAAACCUCCAAGACUGCGUGGGAUGUUCUUCAACAAGAAUUUCGUGGUGACAAAAAGGUUAGAUCUGUCAAACUACAAUGUUUAAGGAGAGAUUUUGAGGACACUAGGAUGAAUGAUGGUGAAGCUCUAUCUGUUUAUUUAACAAGAAUGACUGACAUUGUGAAUCAAAUGAAAACUCUUGGUGAAGAAUUAUCAAACCAAAGAUUAGUGCAGAAGAUACUUAUUAGCUUGCCUAAAUCCUAUGAUUCCAUCGCAUCUAUUAUAGAAGAAACUAAGGACCUUGACUCUAUUGAGGUUCAGGAUGUGAUUGGCACAUUGAAAGGCUAUGAGCAGAGGUUAAACAUGCACUCUGAAAGCUUAGCUGAAAAGGCUUUUUCCAGCCUAAGUGUGACUGAGAAAGAUAGCAGUUACAAGGCUCAGGGGAACAACUCAAAUCAAAAGAAAUUCUGGAAAGGAAAAGGGAAGAAAUGGGACAACAAGCAUACUCCACAAUCAAAAUCAGAAACUAACAGUGAUUAUACUAAAACCAAGUGUAAAAUCUGUGACAAAUUACAUUAUGGUGUUUGCUGGUUCAAGGGAAAACCCAAAUGCACCAAAUGUGAUAGGUUUGGCCAUCUAGCAAAAGAUUGUAAUCCAAGAAGGAACCAAGCUGUCAACUAUGCACAUAGAGCAGAAGAAGAGGAAGUAAAUGUCCUUUAUGCUUGUAGUGUUGCAAAAACUGAAAAUAAGAGAGGAAUUUGGUAUAUUCACAGUGGAUGCAGUAAUCAUAUGACUGCAUAUGAAUCCUUGUUAAUCAACAUUGACAGAAGCUUCAAUUGCAGAGUUAAAAUGGGGAAUGGUCAACUUGUGGAAGCUACUGGAAAAUGA